AUGUCGAAAGCAAACGCUGAGCGAAUGCUGCGAUACUUCGACCAUUUCAGCAUCAUUGCAAUGAUUAAUGAAUGUCUGCAAACACCUCUGGAAAGUGGUACUCUAUGGCGCUGUCCUUUGCCGUCAGAUCUAUAUGACAGCUUCGCCACAGGCGACCUCAGCCAGACAUAUGAUCGUCCUGACUUGACAAGAGACGAAGAGACGUUGGUCCAACUUAUGAGCGAGAACUUCUUCAAGUGGUACCUUGAAGAGGACAAGGACAAACUAGACAACUACCAUUUGGUUCAGGCUGACCCCAUCACCAAAUUCCUGGACCAAGCCACCCGACAAGGUAAAGGCGAAGAUGUUACAAAAACCACUCGCAAGUUACUCUUCAAAAACGACUACAAAGACGAGGACGUAAAGAAGGCUACGAGCCUGUGGCAGAAGGGUACCGUGAUGUCGGAUGAUUUCUUGGGAAUGUUGGAAGCUACUCCCGGUAGUCAGGGCUUGGUGACGCGAAUGACCAAGCUAGACGAAUCGAGGCUCGAGGUGCUGACCAACUGGAAACGCAACGAUGCGUUGUCAAUUAACGAUAUAUAUCAAGGCAUGCAGAAAAUGCGCAAGGGCGGUCCGACUCAGGCAGCAAAAGCUGCAGCCGCGUCCGUCGGAAUCGGUGGUAUUAAUAACGACUUCCACACUAGGAGUUUCAUCUAUAUUAUCUAUUCUCAAUCUGGUCGAAUACUGUCAUUAUUCAACAAUGAAGCCGAGUAUCGUGAACUACUCUUCGUGGAUGGCAUAGCUGGAAAGUUCAAGGUUCUAGGCUAUCAGAAGCUCCAAGGGUUCAAAGACAAACAAAAGAUUUACAGCGAGGGCCAUUACGCUGUUUUCUGGAUGGUGGAAACCGGUGUAGAAAUUAGUGACAAAGCAAUCAAGGACAACAAGAAGCUACUUUCGGAUCUCAAAUCGGAAGUUAAGCUUUGA